AUGAAUUUGGUUAUUCCAAAAUCAAAGAGCAUGAGCUUCCUAUCCCUCAUCAUUUUUCUACUCUUCUCAUUUCCAACACUCUCUUUUUCGCAAUAUGUUGGGAACACUAUCUUUCUCAAUCAUCGUAAGAUACUCCCCAAACAGGAACUCCUUACCUCGUAUGCUGUCAUCUUUGAUGCUGGUAGCUCUGGCAGUCGUGUGCAUGUCUUCCAUUUUGACCAGAACUUAGAUCUUAUUCGCCUUGGCAAUGACCUUGAGUUUACUAAAAAGAUCACACCUGGUUUGAGCUUCUACGCAGAUCAUCCUGAAAAAGCUGCAGAAUCUCUCAUUCCACUUUUAGAGGACGCUGAAAGGGUUGUUCCUCAGGAACAGCACCCCAAGACACCCCUUAAACUUGGGGCAACAGCGGGUUUGAGGCUGUUAGAUGAGGAUGCUGCUGAAAACAUAUUGCAAGCGGUUAGGGAAAUGUUCAAGAACAGAAGUACACUGAACGUUCAACCAGAUGCAGUAUCUGUUAUUGAUGGAACCCAAGAAGGUUCUUACCUAUGGGUUGCAGUUAACUAUCUUUUGGGAAAGUUGGGAAAGAAGGUUUCAAAAACAAUGGGAGUGAUAGAUCUUGGAGGUGCAUCAGUUCAAAUGGCCUAUGCUGUCACAAAAAACACAGCUAAAAAUGCCCCAAAACCACCAGAAGGAGAGGAUCCUUACAUCAAGAAACUUGUACUGAAGGGAAAGAAAUAUGACCUUUAUGUUCACAGUUACUUGCAUUAUGGUAACGAAGCAGCUCGUGCUGAGAUUUUCAAGGUCACUGAUGGUGCUGCUAGUCCUUGCCUUUUAGUUGGUUAUGAAGAUAUAUACAAAUAUUCUGGAGAAACAUACAAGAUCUUUGGCCCUACUUCUGCUUCCAACUUUGAUGAAUGCCGAGACACAGUUCUUAAGGUUCUGAGACUGAAUGAGCCUUGUGACCAUCAAAAUUGUACAUUUGGUGGGAUAUGGGACGGUGGAAAAGGAAGUGGACAGAAAAACCUUGUUGUUACUUCAUCUUUCUACUAUAGGACUUCAGAGGUUGGUUUUGUGAAGCCACCCAAUUCCAGAAAUCGUCCUGUGGAGUGGGAAAUUGCAGCUAAAGAAGCUUGUAAAUUAUCAUUUGAGGAAGCCAAAUCCACUUUUCCAAAUGUUGCCAAAGAUAAACUUCCAUUUGUAUGCCUGGAUCUUGUAUACCAGUAUACAUUGCUUGUUAAUGGAUUUGGCCUUGAUCCUGAGCAAGAGAUUACAGUGGCAGAAGGAAUUGAAUAUCAAAAUUCUAUCGUGGAAACAGCAUGGCCUCUAGGAACUGCCAUUGAAGCCAUAUCAUCUUUGCCUAAAUUUAAUCCAUUAAUGUAUUUCAUUUAA